AUUACAAGACCUCGCGACUUUAUAUAUAUCACGUAUAUACUUUUACGUAAUAAAACAAAUCGUUUGAAGUGCUUCUGAUCAACCACUAUUCACAGCCUAUAAAUAUAUGCAUAGCAUUUCUAGUGCAUUAUUUAAUCUCUUCACUGAAAAUGAUAGUAAAAACAAACAUGAGACUAUUUUCAUCUUCGUCUUCCUCCCUUUGCUCUACAAUUACGAUUACAUGCAUUUUAGUGAUAUUUACAGUGUCGAUGGGCUGUUGUCAAGCUCAAUUGUCGACUGAUUUUUACAAAAAAGCGUGUCCUAAUGUGUUCGCCGCCGUGAACUCGGUGGUUAAGGCCGCCAUCGCAAAAGAGAAGCGGAUGGGCGCCUCCCUUCUCCGCCUCCACUUCCACGAUUGCUUUGUUCAAGGUUGCGAUGGAUCGAUACUUCUGGACGAUACAUCCUCGUUCACCGGAGAAAAGACUGCCGGCCCCAAUAACAACUCCAUUCGGGGGUACGAGGUCAUCGACCAGAUCAAGUCUAAGGUCGAAGCCGUGUGCCCCGGCGUGGUCUCUUGUGCCGAUAUUGUAGCCAUUGCCGCUCGUGAUUCUGUGGUCCUACUUGGAGGUCCGAAUUGGGAAGUAAAAGUAGGGAGGAGGGAUUCGAAAUCAGCGAGCCCAAAUGGUGCAAAUAGUGCUCUACCACCACCUACUUCUUCUCUUAACAACCUUAUCACUCUGUUUAGUGCCGUUGGCCUCUCCACCAAGGACAUGGUCGUCUUAUCAGGAGCACACACCAUAGGGAAAGCAAGGUGUACAUCUUUCAAAGGUAGGAUAUACAAUGAGAGCAACAUCGAUCCUAGCUUCGCAACGAAACGCCGAGCCAAUUGCCCCUUCACCAACGGCACCGCACGAGACAACAACUUGGCCCCUCUCGACCACAAAACUCCCAAUUUUUUCGACAACUCCUACUUCAACAACCUCCUCCACAAGAAGGGCCUCCUCCACUCCGAUCAGGUCCUCUACGACGGCGGGGCCACCGACUCCCUCGUCGAGGCCUACGGCAAAAACGAGCAGGCUUUCCACAACGACUUUGUCGCCGCCAUGAUCAGGAUGGGCGACAUCGCCCCUCUCACGGCCCCCAAAGGCCAGAUACGAAAGAAUUGCAGAAAACCCAACUGAAUACACACCCAAUUUAAUCUACUUUGCUAAGCAAAUCAAAAUUAUCGACUACUUUUGUGUCAAUAAGGUGAUUUGAACCUACCA